AUGCAUCAUUACAUAUUAUUCACAUCUUAUUUAUUUAUCAGUGCAUUAUAUUUAGUACCGGUUGUACGUUGUCAAUAUGGAAAUUUAUGUUGUGUUACACUGACAGCUGGAUGUUGCCUCGAUUUUUAUGGAAGAUGUUGUCCGCCAGCAGUUUUAGUAGAGAAUGCUCUAUUGGCAGGUCCCUUUUAUGGUGGUGGAGGAUGGAGAAACGACGGCUGGAAUCGCGGAGAUUGGGAACACCGAGAUCACAGCGGAUUUCAAGGAGAUUUUCAUGGGAGACAUGGUGAUGGAGGUUUUAAUUAUGGUGGAGGAGAUUUUCAUCAUGGUGAUGGUGGUUUUAAUUAUGGUGGAGGAGAUUAUCAUCAUGGCGGUGGCGGUAGAGGACAUGGAGGAUAUUCAGGUUAA